AUGGUAGGCAAAGGACGGUCAAUCAUAUUUCUUCUGCUGGCACUCCUCCAUGUGGUGAACAAAGUGCAGACAAUUAAGUGCACUGGAACGGAUCCUGUGGAUAUACCUCAUGAAUGGUACAAGCCUGGAGAAAUUCUCAUUGGUGGAAUUGUAACUCAUAUUCACUAUUUAAUACCCACAUUACAAUUCAAAGAACACCCUUCUCGGGAGACAAAUAUUUUUCCAGGUUUAGUGCUAAAGCAUUACCAGCACAUCCUGGCUUUGGCAUUUGCCAUCAAUGAGAUCAAUGAGACGCCUAGUAUCUUGCCCAAUAUCACGCUGGGCUUCCACAUCUAUGACAGCUAUGGGAAUGAACAAAUGACCUAUCGUAGCACUCUGGACUUGCUCUUCAAAUCACAUGGCUUUUUACCCAACUACCACUGUGGCAUCCAGAAAAAUGUCAUCGGGGUCAUUGGUGGGCUGAACUCUGAUAUCUCCUUGCGAAUGGCAGAGAUCUUAGGUCUCUACAAACUUCCACAGAUUUCAUAUGGCUCUGUCGAAUCAAUCACAAGUAAUGGAAUCCACCUUUCUUCUUUUUACCACAUGGUUCCCGAUGAGUCCCUUCAGUACCUGGGCAUUGUGCAGUUACUUAGGCAUUUCAGAUGGAAAUGGGUAGGGAUCAUCACUCAGGAUGGCGAUGUUGGGCAGCAUUUCUCAGAAGCUUUGGAGGUAGAACUUUCCCGAAAUGGAAUGUGUUCAGCCUUCACAGACAAAAGUACAAAAAUGGCCAUUUUUGAUAGUUUCAAUGAAUUAUUCAAUAAUUUUAUAUAUGCUAUUCCAGCUUUCAUGGACAGUAAAGCCAAUGCAAACAUCAUAUAUGGAGAAAGUGCAUUUAUAUGGUUGGCAGCCAUGUUGCACAUUAAAAAAUGGAUAGCUCUAGAAGGUACAUUCUCUCUGGAGGAGAUGUGUGCCAGAAAGGUAUGGAUUACAACAGCCCAAAUCGAUUUCACUUUAAGCGUCUUUUUAAAGGAUUUUGAUAUACAGACAUUGCAGGGUGCUAUUUCCUUCUCAUUUCACUCAAAGGAGCUCCCAGGAUUCCAAAAAUAUCUUCAGAUGAUAAAGCCAUUAUGGGCAAAAGGAGAUGGCUUCAUCAAGGAGUUCUGGGAACAAGCAUUUGACUGCUCAAUGGCAAAUUCCAAUGUGCCAGAAGACAUGGAUGGCACAUGUACUGGUGAGGAGAGGCUGGAGGACCUUCCUGGGCAUUUGUUUGAAAUGAGGAUGACUGGUCGCAGCUACAAUAUCUAUAAUGCAGUCUAUGCUUUUGCACAUGCCUUACAUAGCAUGUCCCAAUCUAGACCCAGAUCCAGACAAAUGGAGGGCAGAGGCAAACUGGGUGCUCUGAUUGUGGAAGCCUGGCAGCUCCAUUCAGUGAUUCAGAGGAUCUCAUUCAACAACACUGCUGGAGAUGAAAUUAUAUUUAACAAAAAUGGAGAAAUAGCAACUGGUUUUGAUAUUACAAAUUUUGUCACUUUCCCAAAUAACUCCUAUGUCAGAGUCAACAUUGGGAAACUGGAUCCUCAACACCCUCCAGAAAAAAUGCUCACCAUUCAUGAUGAGAAGAUCCAGUGGCAAAACAUGGAUUCCUGCAUGACCUGCCCACAUGAUCACUUUCCGAACAAAGGGCAAUAUCAAUGCAUUCCCAGGAUUCUAAACUUCCUCUCUUUUCAAGAACUUUUAGGAAUCACAUUAGCUUUUGUGGCUAUUUUAUUUUCCAUCAUCACAGCUCUGGUGCUGGGAAUCAUCAUUAAGCAACGAGACACUCCCAUAAUCAGAGCCAACAACCAGAGUCUCACCUACCUUCUCCUCAUCUCUCUCCUCCUUUGCUUCCUCUUCUCCUUGCUCUUCAUUGGGAAGCCUAAACCCAUCACCUGCCUCCUCCGACACACUGCUUUUGGCAUCAUCUUCUCCAUUGCCAUUUCUUCUGUUUUGGCCAAGACCAUCACAGUGGUCGUGGCUUUCAUGGCUUCCAGGCCAGGCAGCAUUUUCCGGAAAUGGGUAGGGAAAAGAUUGGCCUAUUGGACUGUCAUUUCUUGUUCCCUUGUUCAAGUUGGCAUUUGUGCUGUUUGGUUGGGCACUACUCCCCCAUUCCCAGAUCUGGACAUGCACUCCCUGUCUGGAGAAAUCAUAGUGACAUGCAAUGAAGGAUCAGUUACCAUGUUUUACUGUGUUCUGGGCUACAUGGGAUUUCUGGCCAUUGUCAGCUUCACGGUGGCUUUCCUGGCCAGGAAAUUACCGGACAGUUUUAAUGAAGCCAAGUUCAUCACCUUCAGCAUGUUGGUCUUUUGCAGUGUUUGGCUGUCCUUUGUUCCAUAUCUGAGUACGAGAGGAAAAUACAUGGUGGUUGUGGAGGUCUUCUCCAUCUUGGCUUCCAGCACUGGGUUACUGGGGUGCAUCUUUUCCCCUAAAUGUUACAUCAUUGUGUUGAGGCCUGAUUUGAACAAAAGGGAGCAUCUAAUAAUGAGAAAACAUCCAGGGAUGACAUAA